GUCGUUUUCAUGCCUCGCGGUAGUUAAGAGAGCUUUAAUUCAGAUAUAUUUUCUUAACUAGGAGUGUCACUUCAUCGCAAAUCAUUGAUUUGCUGAGGUUCGUUCCGAAAUAAAGUUGUAAGUGAAACAUUUCGCUUUUCAGCUAUGUUUGUAUUGUACGAAACGCCGGCAGGGUAUGCCAUUUUCAAGCUCCUCGAUGAAAAAAAGCUACAGGAAAUCGAUAAUCUCUAUUUAGAAUUCGAAACGCCGGAAAAAGCCAACAGAAUAGUCAAACUCAAGCAUUUCGAAAAAUUCUCGGACACCACGGAGGCGCUAUCAGCGGCCACAGCAGCCGUCGAAGGAAAAGUAUCAAAACCGCUGAAGAAAACUCUCAAGAAACUAGUUUCUGAAGAUGUACAGAACCAGUUGUUGGUUGCGGACGCCAAGCUUGGCAGUGCCAUUAAGGACAAACUUUCACUCCAAUGUGUUUCGAAUACCUCUGUUCAGGAGUUGAUGCGCUGCAUCCGGUCACAGUCGGAAAGUCUGCUUUCUGGUCUGCCCAAGAAAGAGAUGACGGCCAUGGCACUGGGUUUAGCACAUUCCCUGUCGCGUUACAAACUGAAGUUUUCACCCGACAAGAUUGAUACUAUGAUCGUGCAGGCUCAGUGUCUGCUCGAUGAUUUGGACAAGGAACUGAACAACUAUAUGAUGAGAGCUAGAGAAUGGUAUGGUUGGCAUUUUCCAGAGUUGGGUAAAAUUCUUACCGACAACAUAGCUUUCAUUAAAACAAUAAAGCUAGUCGGUACCCGAGAUAACAUGGCCACUACCGAUCUGUCCGAUAUUUUGCCAGAAGAGAUAGAGGAGAAGGUCAAGGAAGCGGCCGAAAUUUCGAUGGGAACAGAAAUUUCCGAGGAGGACAUCAUGAACAUCCAGAACUUGUGCGAUGAAAUCUUGUCAAUCAACGAAUAUCGUACGCAUCUGUACGAUUAUUUGAAAACAAGAAUGAUGGCUAUGGCUCCGAAUUUAACUGUUCUUGUAGGAGAAACAAUUGGUGCCAGGCUUAUCGCCCACGCUGGCUCGUUGGUCAAUCUAGCUAAGCAUCCUGCUUCGACCGUUCAAAUACUUGGUGCCGAAAAAGCUCUUUUCCGAGCACUGAAAACCAAAAAAGAUACACCCAAAUAUGGUUUGAUCUUCCAUGCCAGUUUAAUCGGAUCUGCCAGUACUAAAAAUAAGGGAAAAAUUUCUCGAUCCCUGGCAGCCAAAGCUUCGUUAGCAACUCGAGUUGACGCUUUCGGUGAAGAUGUUACUAUGGAACUUGGAACUGAACAUCGUGCUAAGCUUGAAAUGCGACUAAGGCUGUUGGAGGAAGGCAACCUCUCUCGCCUCUCUGGUACAGGAAAAGCGAAAGCCAAAUUGGAAAAGUAUCACGCUAAGAGCGAAAUCAAGGUUUUCAAAAGUGGCGAGGACAGUACGCUACCUAUCGGCAAGAAGCGAAAGCAUUCCGAGGGCAACAUCAAGAUAGAGGAAAUCGAAGUAAAACAGGAGAUCAAAGAGGAAUCCGAAGAAGAUUCAGUUCCCGUAGGAGGUGAAUCUUCCAAGAAAAAGAAAAAGAAGAAGCAGAAGGAUCUCGACGAAAGUGUAGCUGACGAAGGGACUGUCGGUCAUGUUCCGAAAAAAAUAAAAACGGAAGACGAAGAAACACCUCCAGAGGAGGAAUCACAGUCGACUUGCGAGAAAAAAAAGAAAAAGAAAAAGAAACGGGACAGUGAAGCUAUGCAAGCUGAAGAAACAAUGGAGGAGCUUUCACAGGAAACCCUAGAAAGUCAGACACCUAAGUCAGAAAAGAAGAAAAAGAAGAAGAAAAAUAAGGAAGAAAGCAAUGAUAGUUAAAUUGGCAGUUUUUUUCGAGUUCCGUUGAAAUUUUUGAAUUAAGAUAUUAUAUAUGGAAUCCCUGUUCUAUGGGAUUCAAUUUCAAAAAAAAGAUUAUAACGUAAACAUUUGCGUUGAAUGUACCAGAUACCACGAAACCUAUAUUUCGUGGAUUUAAAUAAAAUCGUUAAUUUCACAAACUAGAUUUUAUCAACGUUUCAAUUAUCAAAGAUAAAAUCAUGUAGUUUAAAACUAUCGAAUACUUAUGUAUUUUGAGCAUUUGAUCGCAGUUGGAUAUUUUUUGGUCAUGGUACUUUUAUAUCACAGCGGAAUUAUCAGAAAGUGAAAACACAUGUUGCUAGCAUCUGGUCGGUUGGUUUCCCUAACUAUGAGCUUCAGAAAAUAAACUACCAUUACAAUAA